CAGAAGCAUCCCAGCUCCAGUGUGGGACAAACCUCUCAACCAGCUCCGACGCGAGGCUUACAAAGAGGGUUACACUGAUAGAAUGCAUAUUGAUGAGUGAGUACUUCAGCGUGAUUAGAUCAGGGAUGUCUCUAUGAUCCUCUUGUCUGCGCCCCGUCAGAGGAAGACCAUGAUGCAUUCAGGCCUGGACGACAUGACCAAGCAGAGGAUGCUGCAGGCCCAGGCUUUGUCUAAGGAGGCCAGAGGAGGUCUGAACCUGGGGAAGAAGAUCAGCGUUCCAAAGGACGUGAUGAUGGAGGAGCUCAACCUUCCCUCUAAUCGGGGCUCUCGCAUGUUUCAGGAGAGGCAGAGGAGGGCCGACAAGUUCACCCUCGAGAACUCGGCCGCCGCUGCUCACAACGCCAACGACGUUCAUCUCGAGGUCAUCCCUCCUCCGCAGAUCACCCAAGAACCACAGGCAGGAAAAGAGAACCAGGCUUUCUCCAUCCCUGGUAAGCAUAGCCUGGUCAUGAACCUUCAGAAGACUGUAGCAAAGAAGGGCAGUCCCGAUGUCCUGGCUCCAGGAUAUUCCGGCCCCUUGAAGGAAAUUCCUCAUGAAAAGUUCAACACAACAGUAAUCCCCAAAUCCUUCAGCUCCCCGUGGAGGGAAGCUCUGGGCAGCAGCGAGGAGCUCCUGAACGCCCUUAAUGCCCAGCUGCCACAGCUCCCUCCAAGACUACAGCCGACCAACUACAGGUGCUUCAACAGAUCUCCAAUGCCAUUUGGGGGCGGGAUGGCGAGCAACAGGGUGAUCCCGACGAUUGGCUUUGAGGCAGUGGAAUCCCAGAACCUUCCUGGCAUCGCCCUGGAGCGCAUGUGUCGACGGCCCAACUUCAACAGAGCGCCCAGGGGAUGGGGAAUUGAUUACAACCCCGAGUCUAACGAGCUAUGAACACUAUUUAAGCUGAAGACUGAAGCACAGGCUCGUGUUUGGCCUUAAAAAAAAAAUGACCGCCGUUAAUCAGAGGGUUUAGCGUCACGCCAGCGUCAUCAUUUUAUCAUCACAGUCAAGACCAGGACUAUGCUGCCAGAGACUGGACAUUGAUACCUUGGUUUGUCACCCCUGGUAGUGUCUCAGUACCCACUAACUCUUUCCUUUCACAUCCUAUCUACUAACCAGACCCACCUUGCGAGUGGUAUAUAAAUAAAAAUGAAUAACACACAGAAAAGACAAAAUUGAGUCAUUUUAAUGACAAGGGAAAACAUUCAAAGAAAGCCUUACAAUAAACACUGAGUCAUUAUGCUGUGGAAUAUUAAGAUGGCGCCAAAUUAAAAAAAAAGAAGAAAAAAAAAAGUCAAUGUUAC